GCGUUUUGUGAGCUGUCUGCUAGUGUUGUGUCACUGUAAGCUACGUGUUCUGCAUUGCAGUUUUCCGUGUAUUGAUAUUCCUGGGCAUGUUAGACAUGUCGUCUGGCGCGCGUAUGAAAGUCUUCCGCUGUCCAACUGAUGAACUGACGCUGACAAAUUGUGCAAUUUUGAAUGAAGGGGAUUUUCCCAAUGAUGUAAAACAUAUAGAAGUCACACCCAAGAAUGGGAAAGAGUUUAUAUUCAGUGUGCGGUUCCAUCCUGAUGUGCCUCGGGGCCAUGUUGGCUUCAGCUUACCUCAACGCAAAUGGGCAAUGUUGUCACUAAAUGAAGAGAUACUGGUGAAACCAUAUUAUUUUGAUCCUACUUCCAGUUCAGAGUGCUUGUGCACCAUUGUUCUAGAAGCAGAUUUUCUGCAAAAGAAAUCUGUAUCACUGGAGCCAUACGACACAGACCUUAUGGCCCGUGAGUUCUUGCUUCAGUUCUCUGGCCAAGCUUUCACAGUUGGUCAACAGUUGGCAUUUAGUUUUCAAGAUAAAAAGCUACUGGGACUUGUAGUGAAAAGCCUUGAAGCUGCUGACUUGAAUGCUAUCAAAGCUGGCCAGGAUGCUAAACCGAAGAAAACCAGGCUGGGAAGAUGCUUAGGUGACACAAUUGUCCAGUUUGAGAAGGCAGAAAAUUCUUCUCUUAAUCUAGUUGGAAAAGCCAAAGGUAAACAGCCACGGCAGUCUAUUAUCAACCCAGACUGGGAUUUUCAGAAAAUGGGAAUUGGUGGUCUGGAUAAAGAAUUCAAUGCUAUAUUCAGACGAGCUUUCGCAUCACGUGUUUUUCCUCCAGAAGUGGUUGAACAAUUAGGCUGCAAACAUGUGAAAGGCAUACUGUUAUAUGGGCCUCCAGGUACAGGAAAGACACUGAUGGCAAGACAGAUAGGCACAAUGCUUAAUGCUCGUGAGCCCAAAAUAGUCAAUGGCCCUCAAAUUUUGGAUAAAUAUGUUGGUGAAUCAGAGGCCAACAUUAGACGUUUAUUUGCAGAUGCUGAGGAGGAGGAAAAAAGAUUGGGUCCAAACAGUGGUCUUCAUAUAAUUAUUUUUGAUGAAAUUGAUGCUAUCUGCAAGUCCCGUGGGUCUGUCGCGGGGAACACAGGUGUUCAUGACACUGUUGUAAAUCAACUGCUGGCUAAAAUUGAUGGUGUCGAACAGUUGAACAACAUAUUAGUCAUUGGAAUGACAAAUCGACGUGAUAUGAUAGAUGAAGCACUGCUUCGACCUGGACGCUUAGAGGUCCAGAUGGAAAUAGGUCUUCCAAAUGAGAAUGGGCGUUUCCAGAUCCUCAGUAUACAUACAAUCAGAAUGAAGGAUCACAAGAAGCUUGCACCAGAUGUGGACAUAAAGGAGCUUGCAGCACUGACAAAAAAUUUCAGUGGUGCUGAACUGGAAGGUCUGGUGCGUGCUGCUCAAUCAACUGCCAUGAACAGACUCAUCAAAGCAUCAAGCAAAGUUGAAGUUGAUCCUGAGGCAAUGGAGAAGCUGUUGGUUGACAGAUCAGACUUUCUGCAUGCACUGGAACAUGAUAUAAAGCCAGCCUUUGGUACAAGUGCAGAAGUACUGGAACACUUCUUGUCACGUGGUAUUAUCAAUUGGGGUACACCUGUUAGUGGUGUGUUUGAAGAUGGCAUGCUUCUAAUUCAACAAGCUCGCAUGACAGACACAUCAGGAUUGGUGUCUGUAUUGCUUGAAGGACCUCCUAAUUCAGGAAAAACUGCUAUUGCUGCACAGCUUGCAAAAGAUUCAGAUUUCCCAUUUGUCAAAGUGUGUUCUCCUGAAGAAAUGGUUGGCUAUACAGAAUCUGCAAAAUGUUUACAAAUCAGAAAGGUUUUUGAUGAUGCAUAUAGGUCACAACUCAGCUGUAUACUUGUUGAUAAUAUUGAACGUUUACUUGAUUAUGGUCCUAUUGGACCCAGGUAUUCCAAUUUGACACUUCAGGCACUUUUAGUGCUUCUGAAGAAAGAACCACCAAAAGGCAGGAAACUCCUCAUACUGUGCACCAGUAGUAGAAGGCAAGUUCUUGAAGACAUGGAAAUGAUGUCUGCCUUCACAGCUGUACUCCAUGUACCAAAUCUUUCUAAACCAGAGCACCUUAUAGCAGUGCUAGAAGAAACUGAUGUUUUUUCGAAGAAAGAUGUUGCUACAAUUAGUCGGAAAAUACAGGGCCAGCGGUUAUUUAUAGGAAUUAAGAAAUUGUUGGCUUUAAUUGAUAUGGCCCGACAAACUGAGGAACAGUACAGAAUUAUAAAAUUUCUUUCAAAAUUGGAGGAAGAAGGUGCCCUUGAAUCUUCUUCUCGUGGUCUUCAGUAGUGUCUAUUAAAAGGUGUUGAUAUUGUUCUGUCAUCACAUUUACAUUAAGAAAUGAGAUGAUGAUAAUGAAUGUGUGAAAUCCUUUUUCAUAUAAUACCUGGAGACUAGUGCAUUUCUCAUACAUAUAUAAGCUAGAUGUAAUUUCUGUAUUGUAAGUAAAAUUCAUGUGUAACAGUAUUUUUAUCCUAGUUGUCAUGUAGCAUACAAAAUUUGUUAUUUUGUUGAGACAGCUACAUGCAUUAAUGUUGUAGAAGGAACUUAAUUUUUGGAGACUGGUAGACUGUCUUUUUACUGGAAGCAAGUGUAAACCAUAAAGCAUUAUACUACAGAUUUUCAUUCUGUAGAUUAUACUCUUUGUUAACUAUUGUAUGUUCUCACAACAGAUGCCAAUAAUCUAUACAUAGUAAACGAUGUAAAAGUCGUACUAUGUUUGUGAUAAUUUUGUGUGUGUGCGCUUGUGUGAAUGUCUGGCAUUCAUACAGAUUGAAUUUUUUAAAAUGUCAUUGUUUAUUAGCAUGCAAAAGAUUAUAACUUCUGGAAAUGGUGUAAAGAUUACCUGAAAAGAACAUUUUCCUGAAGAAUUACUCAGUGACCCACUACUCUGUGUCAUAUUUAAAUUAGUUUGUAUUUGUGUAUGCUACUAAAGCUGUUGGUAAAAUGUGUUGAUACAAAAUGACAUUACAUUUUAAAUUUUGUUAAAAUAUUUGCAUUUCUUCUGAUUUAAAAUUCACAAGAGGUGUAUCAAACACAUGGUCGUUGGUGAUGUUUAACCAAAAAAUAAGGUGCUAAAAGAUUGUUUUAUUUGACAUUAGUCGCAGAAAUCUCGCAUGAAUGUUGUUCAGAGUACACUCAUGUAAGACAGAAUCAGCGUUUGUUACAAAAUGUGCCUUUUUAAAAGUUUGACUUGAAAUGCUCUCAUAAAAUUUGUGUCAGUGUAGUAAAACAUUCUCACACAAGUGUUUAAGUAAAAUUGAAAAUGUUUAAGUAAAAUUUACAAUGACAAGUACAUUUGAUUUCCAGGAAGAUACUAAGGUUAACAAUUUUCUAUUUUGUCAGCUUCCUCCCUUCUACUUAUUAUUAGUUAAUUGGAAAUCACUUUGUCAUUGAGAGAGGUAAAUUCUGCAUCAGGGUAGGAAUCAUUUGACAAUUUCAUUCAGCUUGUGUGCUCAUGUACUCAAUAUUUUAUUAAUAGAUUCAAUUCUCUUACUAUGAAGCUUUUAACUGCGUCAUUGUCAAGGUGAAAUUUCUUCACUCAGUACUUCAUUGUUUUUUGCAUAUUUAUUAUUCAUUUGUAUUCCUUAGUGAGUCUUCCAGCACCAGAACUUAAAUUUCAUCUUCCUCCAUACAUUUUGUGGCUUGAUGUGAAGGAUAAGAGGUUCUCUGUGAUAAAGUUCUGGGUUUAUGUAUUUAUAAAAAUCACUAUACCAAUUCCUUUGUCUUCAUUGUGUGUAUUUAUUUGCCAUAGAUAAUGCAAAACUUUUAUCUGUACUCUCUCCAUGAAUUUGAAUAAUUGUGUAGAAAUUUGUGUUACUUUCCAAAUAAAGCACUUGAAAUAAGAA